CCCUGUGCGCCGGUGCCCGUCCACUACCGUCCGCCCCACCUGCCGCCCCCGUCGCACGCACUACUGCAGAUAACACAACGGAAGGCGGACGCCGAUGGCCGCCGUGGCAAGCCCCGCCCUCCGGUUCCACCCGAGGGCCGCCUACCCGUCGGCGCCGGCCUCCUCCGGCUCUCCACGCUGCCGAUUCGGCGCCGUUGCUUACUCCUGCUCCAAGUUUGCGAGGCCAUUUCCAAUUCAGAGAGUCAACGGAAGCACGACGCAGAAUUUUGGUGCUCUAAAAGGCCAAGUUUUAAGCAGCAUAAGCAACUAUGAUGGAAGGUUGCAUAUUAAGCAUCCUAUAUGCUUUGCUGCUACUGACAAGCAGGAGCCAGUCGUUUCACUUACCUUGGACACCCCGGUUUUACAAGAGUCAGCAAGUGGUAAUGAAGUGGCCCCUGCAUCUGAAAGCUCCUCCUAUUUCACUGGCAGAGGUGCUGGAAAACCAGGAUUCAUCUCGUUUCAAGGAAACAGCUUCCAAAAGACAGCUGUGGAGGGUGUGCCACAUCCUGGCAAGGAAGCAUCUAGAUUAGUAUGGUUUAUUGGUCCCACUAUCCUUGUGUCAUUCUUGGUUCUUCCAUCUCUUUACUUGCGCAAGGUACUCUCAGCCAUGUUUGAGGAUUCCUUGCUGACAGACUUUCUUAUACUAUUCUUUACCGAGGCUUUGUUUUAUGGAGGAGUAGCAAUUUUUGUCUUCUUGAUUGAUAAAGUCUGGAGACCUUUGCAGCAAGUAGCACCGAAGAGUUACAUUUGGUCAAAAUCCAGAUUUUUCCGCAUUUCCUCAGUAACUACAAUGGUUUUGAGCUUGAUAAUACCACUUUUAACAAUGGGCAUGGUGUGGCCCUGGACCGGACCAGCAGCAUCAGCGACUCUUGCCCCUUAUUUAGUUGGACUUGUUGUACAGUUUGCAUUCGAACAGUAUGCACGGCAUCGGAAAUCACCUUCUUGGCCAGUUAUUCCUAUUAUCUUCAAGGUGUACAGGCUUCACCAGCUGAAUCGGGCAGCUCAGCUGGUGACGGCACUCACAUUUUCUGUCAGAGGAACAGAGACAACAAACCAAACUCUGGCUAUCAUGAACUCAUUAGGAGCAUUACUGACUGUUCUUCAAAUUCUUGGCGUUAUUUGUGUAUGGUCUCUCUCAAGCUUUCUGAUGAGGUUUCUUCCCUCUUCAGACAUUCCAGAUCCCUGACUUAUUGCAGCUUUGGUAGAACCUUAAAACAUGGGGAUAGCUUCCCUAUUGUAAAUUGGUUUACACAGAGCCAGUUGACAUGUUUGCAAGGUUUAGCAUUGCAUUAGGGUGUCUUGAUGCA